GCUUCGCAUUCUUGAUGGCAUCGUCGAAGCGAACGUUUCAUUAAAAAGAUAUUGAAGAAUUGAUUAAAAUACUUUAUUAUUCAUUUAUUUUCUUUCUAUUCUGUUCCAUGUUUGUAUAUAUAUAUUCAAUCUUUGUACAGAAAAUUUAAAGAAUAAACAAAUAAAAUACGAUGACUUGGUUAAUGAUAGAGACUGUUGGCCUAAUCGCCACUAUAUUUUUCCUAUUGUAUUAUUAUUCUAUGUCGAGGAUGGAUUAUUGGCGGAAACGUGGCGUCAAAGGGCCAAAGCCUCUUCCGUUUCUGGGUAAUUUCAAAGAUGUGCUCCUGGCAAAAGAAUCGACCAUGGAUUGUUUCGAAAGAGCGUACAAAGAGUUCAAGGAUGAGCCAAUAAUCGGAGUGUAUGGAGGUCAUGAACCGUUGUUAAUUUUAAGGGAUUUAGAUUUAAUAAAAGACGUUCUUAUUAAAGAUUUCAACAAGUUCGCUCAAAGAACUCAUGGUGCUAUACGAGAGGUUGAACCAUUAUCCGAGCAACUUUUCCGAUUGGAUGCAGAAAGAUGGAGACCCUUAAGACUCAAACUUUCAUCUUUCUUUUCGUCAGGAAAGCUGAAGGAAAUGUUCCACUUAUUCGUAGAAUGUUCCAAUAAUUUUGAAAAGUAUUUAGAAAAAAUGGUAGAAAAAGGAGGAUCGAUCGAAUGUCGUGACGCUGCUGCAAAAUUUACUACUGACGUGAUCGGUGCUUGUGCCUUCAGUAUUCAUACGAAUGCACUUACAGAUGAGAAUAGUCAAUUUCGCAAGAUGGGCAAACAAGCUCUCGCUACAAACCUCCAACAAUUUCUCAAUGAUAGAUUGAGAGAAUAUCCCUUCCUAUUUAGAAUCUUUGGACGCUUCUUCGUUGAUCACGAGGUCACUAAUUUCUUUCUAAAUGCCACAAAAGACGCCAUAGAUUAUAGAAUCCAGAACAAUGUGUAUUUACGAGAUGUCAUUGAUAUUCUGGCAGAUGUUAGGGAAAAUCCAACGAAAUGUGGUCUUAAAGAAGCGGACAAUUUCCUCUUGACAUCACAGGUUGUUCUUUUCUUCCUUGCUGGUUUCGAAAAUGCUUCAUUAACGAUCAGCAAUGCUUUGUACGAGUUGGCAUGGAAGCCAGAAAUUCAAGAGAAAGCUCGCACGGAAAUAGUGAAUGUUUUACAAAAAUAUGACGGAAAAAUCACGUACGAUGGUUUGGAAGAGAUGAAAUAUUUGGAAGCGUGUAUUUUUGAAACAUUGAGAAUGUAUCCAGUACUGCAAUGGUUGUCGAGAGUAGCGAUGGAAACUUACACGUUUACAGGAACAAAAGUUACCAUUCCAAAGGAUCAACAAGUCUUCUUGCCAAUCUAUGCUAUACAAAGAGAUCCGGAUAUUUAUCCAAAUCCUGAUAACUUUGAUCCUGAAAGAUUCACCAAUGACAAAAUUAAAACUAGACAUUCGAUGGCCCAUUUACCAUUUGGAGAUGGCCCAAGACAUUGCAGUGGAAUAAGAUUAGCAAAGAAGCAAUUAAAGAUGGGGUUGGCCACAGUUUUAUCAAAAUUCAAAGUUGAAGUAUGCGAGAAAACUCGUAAAAUAUAUCAAAAAGACAAGAAACCACUAUUUCUUCUUCAACCUGUUGAUGGUAUACAUCUGAAAAUAUCAAAAAUUUCGGUUUAAAAACAAGAUAAAAAAAUAAGAUAAGUAUAAUAUCUUUUUUUCUUCUUUUUAUCCUGUAUCAUUUAUGAUUAUUUGCUACACGAUUAUUGCUCAAGAAUUAAUCGAAUAAAACAUCAAUCUCACAGCUAUAUCUUAUUGAUCAAAAUUGUACAUAAAAUACAAAAAUAUGUAUGAAUAUUGAUUCUUGAUAAAUAAUGAUAAAUAAAAAAAUUGAAUCGGAAAAUAAAUUUUUUUAUAUUUAUUAUCGAUUCCAAGAAAUUAUAAUGUUAGAUAAUAAUGUUGUGAGAUUAAUGCUAAAUUAACAUAAAUAAUAAAUUAAUAAAUAAAAUGGUUUUAUAUAUAUAUAUAUCGUAUACGUUUGUACAAUUCUAUCUUCAGUCUAAUAAUUUUUUCGUAAAAUGUAAAAUGAAAUAUUUCAUCAAAUAAAAUAUUGAUCAUAUUGUUUUUUGGUAAAUAUUCAACUUUUUAUUGUUUCGUUUCGAAUCCAAUAUUCAAUAAAAAAGUCACUAUAAACAAAGUUGCUAUUAUAAGUGGACAUAAUAAAUGAUUUUUCUUUAUAUCCUCUUUGAUAUAGUAACCGUAUUCAAUCCGUUCCACAAAAAUUAAUAUCUUUCGAACAUUGUAACUGUUAUAUUUAUUAUCGCAGUUAUAUCGACCAAGAUAGGAGGAUAGAUUAUUCCGAGUAAAUCCGUUCUAAAACCGUUAUAGUUUUUCAAGAAUAAAAAUCGUUAAACGAAAAAUUCAACAAAAGAUCGAUCCAAAAGAAAUCCAUCGUGAUUCCAAUAUUUACCUCGAAUCUGGAUCUCCUCGAUCCCUAGAGUUCGAUUCAAGAACGAGGAUUUCGUGUCAGCAAAUCCGAUAUCCCAUCUAACUGCUUUCUUGGUUCAAGAAACUGCUUUGAUAAACGCCAUGAAAAAUCUAUUGUAUCCUUGGAUCCUUGAAAUAUUGAAAUAUUUCCCUUCACUGAAUCGUACAAACGUAUACUUUAUCGUCGUAUAUUUCAAUCAUAAGUAACUUUUGAGUGUAGUGCCGUAUUUUGAUUUGUCGUAUAUGAAAAUUUAUAAUAUUGUAAUUAUAAUCAAGCUUCGAUAACCUGAAUCACAAGAAAAGCUUCAAGUUACAAGCUCAAAGUUCGUCUUAUCGAAGUUUUUGAAUAUGGAAAGUUUAACAAACAUAGAAAUUUUGCACAAGUGUUAAUAUCUUUCCAAUUGUAACAGAGUAAUUCGUAAGUGGUCUUACCUUGUGACAGUGACAUGAAUAGUCACAGUGACUGAGAUAAAAAGGAGAUGACAUUCGAGGCUAAGGAGUUGAAACGAGCAGCUCUCAUCACACCGUUUUUCUCUUUCUUAAAGCUUUCCUUAAAAAAUUCGUUUGUUUCAGCUAUUUUUAUCAUUCUCUCGUUCUCUCGAAACAUGAUAUAAAAUGCUUUUUUUAUUUAAAUAUUGUAUAUUCAUCUCUUCAUCAUUUUCUUCCUUCUCUUAUUUAUAUUCCGUAUGAACAACGGAAGAAAACGAAUAUUUUCAAUUUUAAUUGUGUGGUGAAAUUCUAUUUGUAUAAGUAUGAACAUUCUUAACAAAUAAUUUCUUAAUCACUGAGUUUAGUUCUACAGUCAAAGUAAUUUCUACAAUUAUAAAUUGCAAAAAUGUAAAAGUUUCUUUAAAAAAAAAAUUAAAUUCUUCCUCUUACGUUUUUUUCUAGCCAUCUUCUUUGAUUGAUAAUUUUCUAUAUCGAAGUGAAAACGAAUUAUGAAAAAUCUAGCAUCUGUUGUAUUAUCACAAUGAGAUAUCUUAAAAUUCUCAGUACCCCACAUCGCUUAGCCAGUGUGUAUUUUGAACUUAACCCCUUUCUUAAGGUACGUCCUAGAAAACUUAUUGCGGAAGCAAUAAACUUCCUUCUCGAGCAGCCCAUUGUCGACUUUUCUGGGCUUUUAGCAAUCUCGUCGUAAUUAUAACGAACGUGCCACCUCCUGUCUCAUUCAAUGAGAUUCUUUGUACCCACCUCGACAGAUUAUAAUCGAAGGGAUAAGGAAUUCUUUUUUAAAUCGAUGUCUUCGAGUUUAAGAUUUCUAAAGUGAUAUACGUUAUUGUCUUGAUAAGAAGUAAAGAAAAUCAUUUAAAUUGAAAUUUUUCGAUAUAUUUUAAGUUGCACUUUGUUGUAGUUUUUAUAUCACCUUGAUCAGAAGUUUUAAAAAAAUAUAUAAUAAAUCAGAUCACAAAUAUAGAUAGCAUACUGUGACAUAAUUUUUAACAAAUAUCAAUUCUUGUUAAAAGUUCCUCUUAAUAGCAAAAUAUGAAAUGAUUUCUAGCAUACAUUUUUACAAUCAUAUAUAAAUAUACAUGCAACAUUAAUUACGUGAUUCGAUAAUCAAAGUUGAAGAAUUUGUUUGUAUCUCCAUGCUGUUCUCUCUAUUUUUAGGAUGAUUUAUAAAAAAAAAAAAAAAAAAAAAGGUUGAAAACGAAAAGAUGGGGAGAGAGAAAAAUGUUAUUCCCUUUAUUUACGGGUUCACGUCCGUGAAAAAAAGGCGAGAAAGCAUCAACUCGCGAUACAUAUUUAUGAAAAUGUUCAUUCGAAAGUUCGACAUUCAAAUGGGACGGUUUUCAAUUGCAGGCGGGAAAGUUUUUUCUCGGAUGGAUGGAAAAAGCUGGCCACUGUUUGGAUAACGGCUGGCUCGACUUUUCCCUUCAGAAAUAUUGCAACAUUUCGGGACAUACGAAUCCAUUUUUGCCCUUUCUACCCUGUUUUAAUAGGUUUCCAGGCUUGUGUUUGCGUUUCAAAGGGCGAUGAAAGUUUGGUAAAAAUCGGCUGAGCGUGGUGGCCCGCUGUUAAGUUCAUCCCAAUGCCGAUGGAGGGUGGUAGAGUAGCCAUUUCCGGGAAACUGAUACAUAGUUUGUAACAGAAAGAAUUAAUGGAAAUCAAAUGUUUGCUAUAUUUGGUUUUAGUGCAUCUGUAAAUUAGAUAAAUUUUAAGUUAAUAAAUUCGAAUGAUUAUUAAUUGAGAUUAAA